AUGGGAAACAGGAAGAAAGAAAUUGCCCUGCAGGUCAACAUCAACACCCAGGAGCUUUGGGAGGAGAUGCUCGGCUCUAAAGGACUGACCGUUGUGGAUGUCUACCAGGGCUGGUGUGGACCCUGCAAACCUGUGGUUAGCCUCUUCCAGAAGAUGAGGAUCGAGGUUGGCUUGGACCUUCUCCAUUUUGCUAUGGCAGAGGCAGACCGCCUUGAUGUCCUGGAAAAAUACCGAGGGAAGUGCGAGCCAACCUUUCUGUUUUAUGCGGUUACCGAUGAGGAUCUUUUGAGUGCGGUCAAGUGGCCUCCCCGCAGAAAGGAUGGUGGCGAAGAUGGGGACAUAGUGUCAUCAGGAAAGACCUGUACACUGGGCAUCAUUAAACCAGAUGCAGUGGCCCAUGGGAAGGCUGAUGAAAUCAUCAUGAAGAUCCAGGAAGCAGGAUUUGACAUACUAUUAAAGGAAGAGAGAACCCUGACAGAGGCAGAAAUGCAAGUGUUCUAUCAACACAGAGCCAGAGAGGAGGCUUUUGAGAAGCUUGUACAUCACAUGUGCAGUGGACCCAGCCACCUCCUGAUCCUCACCAAGACCGAGGGCGCCGAGGAUGUAGUCACCGCUUGGAGAACCUUCCUGGGACCUUGUGACCCUAAUGUGGCCAGGAGGGAACAUCCUGACAGUCUCCGGGCUCAGUACGGCACAGAAAUGCCUUUUAACGCUGUGCACGGGAGCCGGGACAGAGAGGUCGCCAACAGAGAGCUGCGUCUGCUCUUCCCCAGUUUCAAGUUUUCAGAUAAAGACAUGGAAGACCCACAGGGGCAUCUACUGACAGUCGAGAGUUUAGAGGUGCCUGCUGGGAGGUGGCAAAGGGGCGGCUCCACGCUAGGGGCUGUCUGUGGCCUGCCCUCCCUGAGAGCCCCACUGCCUGGCAACCAGAGCCUGACGCUGGGGCUGCAGACAGUCGGUGGCUCUGACACCUACGCUCUCUGUGAGGAUGGGACUCAGGAGAAGCGAGAGCCUAUGCUCAGAGAUCAGGGAUUGCCAGCGGCAGGGUGA